AGCAAUAUAGGAUGGUUAGGGAUUAUGGUAUGACGCUGUUGAAGACUAAUCCCGGUUCUACUAUACAAAUAUGCACCACCCCCCAACCAGAUGGUGAAGUUACCUUUGAUAGAAUGUAGAUAUGCUUAAGUGGCUGCAAAAAUGGGUUCAAGGCUGGUUGCCGUCCUUUGAUAGGUCUGGAUGGUGCUUUCCUGAAGACCCGGUUUGGUGGACAGAUUUUGUCAGCCGUGGGGUAAGAUGCAAAUCAUCAUAUCUACGUCAUAGCCUGGGCUAUUGUCAGAGUGGAGAAUACAGAGACAUGGAGAUGGUUUCUUGAGCUACUUCAUCAGGACUUGGGGCAUUAUAAAGAGCAUGACUGGUGCUUCAUAUCGGAUAUGCAAAAGGGACUGAUAUCAGCAGUGAAAGCGGUGAUGCCUGAUGUGCAUCACCGUUUCUGCGUCUGGCAUUUAUGGAAAAAUUUUAACAAGAACUGGAAGGACUUACAGCUAAGGGGACUUCUGUGGGAAUGUGCAAGGGCAACAACAUACCAAGAAUUCAGGGAUGGAAUGGAGAAGAUCAAAAGGUUAAAUGAGGAUGCCUGGGCAUACUUAGAGAAGUGGCCGAUGGAUGCUUGGACCAGAAGCUUAUUCAGCGAUAAGCCAAAAUUGGAUAGCAUCUGUAACAACGCCUGCGAAGUGUUCAAUGCUAAGAUCAAGGAUGCACGAGCCAAACCCAUCAUAACAUUGUUGGAGGAGGUAAGGAUGUUUGUUAUGCGAACCAUAGCGAAAAACAAGGUAAAGCUGCAUAAUCACACUGGGAAGCUCACACCUGUUAUAAAGAGCAGCCUGGAAAAGGUGAGGAAAGAAUCCAAGCAUUGGAAGCCUAUUUGGACUGGGGAUAACGGAUACGAAAAAUUUGAGGUGCACGGACAUCCAACCAACCAUGUUGUGGACAUAGGAAAGAGAUUGUGCACAUGCCAAUUUUGGAUGCUAACGGGUAUCCCGUGUGUGCACACUUGUGCUGCCCUGUCUUGUGUGAAUAAACAGCCAAAAGACUUCUGUCACAGAUGGCUGACCAUGGACUCAUACAAGGAAACUUAUAACCACCACAUUAAUCCAAUUCCGGGUCAACCAAUGUGGAAAAAAGCAGAGGACUGUAACAGGCCACAUGCCCCUAAAAUCAAGACAAAACCUGGAAAACUAAAGAUGAAGAGGAGGAUGGAUGCGGACGAGAAGAGUGAUUUUGAAACUAAGAAGCCUAAAGUUGACCCAAAACUCUCAGGCAACACUGCAGAUGGUGUACACCUAAAGAGACAGUUGGGUGCCUUUACAUGCAGUUACUGUGGUGAUAAGGGGCAUACAAAGAGAGGCUGCAAAAAGAAAAGAAAUGCUGAUGCUGCUACUGCUGCUGCUGCUGCAGCAGCCGCUGCCGCUGCCACCGAGGCGGCUGAGAAGAAGAAAAAUGAUGAAGUUCAUACUGUGCCUGAAAAGCCUGUUCAGCAGCCCUAA